AGAUUCAAAUACCAAAACCCAACACACUUCGACGAAACCUCAGGCAACACAGCCGUUCUUCUUGGUGGAGUAAGAAAUUCUGUGCGGCAAAGCUAAUUUCCGAGCUCUCCUCAAAGCCAUUCGUUUCCAGAUACGUUCAAUCUAAGCUACAAGUAAUGAGCAAGAAGAAGAAUCCACUUGUAUUCUUGGACGUUUCAAUCGAUGGGGAACCAGUGCAAAGAAUUACUAUUGAGCUCUUUGCUGAUGUUGUUCCUAAAACUGCAGACAAUUUCAGGGCACUCUGUACAGGUGAGAAAGGGAUUGGGAAGACUACAGAGAAGCCUCUUCACUUCAAAGGAACAUUUUUCCAUCGAAUAAUUAAAGGGUUCAUGGCCCAAGGUGGUGAUUUUUCAAGGGGAAAUGGGACUGGUGGUGAAAGUGUCUAUGGAGGAAAAUUUUCAGAUGAGAACUUCAGACUAAAACAUGAUGGGCCUGGCAUUCUUUCCAUGGCAAACAGCGGUCCAAACACAAAUGGAUCACAAUUCUUUAUAACGUUUAAGCCCCAACCUCACCUUGAUGGGAAACAUGUUGUCUUUGGUAAAGUUGUGAAGGGAAUGGAUGUUGUGAAGAAAAUCGAGCAGAUAGGAACAGCUGAUGGGAAACCUGGGCAGCCUGUGAAAAUUGUAGACUGUGGUGAGCCAUUAGAGAGUAAGGGUCAAAUUGUGGUGAGAAAGGAAAAAGAGAAAAAGAAAAAGUUGAACAAGAUUACAUCUUCAGAAUCUAGCUCUGAUGACCAAGUGAGAGGCAGACAGAAGAAGUCCAAGGACCGAAAAAAGAAGAGAAGAAGAUACUCGUCAUCUGAUUCAUACAGCUCUGAUACUGAAUCAGAUUCGUAUUCGUCAGAUUCAGAUUCGUCACUUUCUGAUUCUAGUUCCUCGAGUGAUGGAAGGUACAGGAAGAGGAGAUCCAAGAAAACAGCAAAACCCCAGCAUGGAAGGAAAAGAAAAGGUCGACAAAGAGAGAAGAGAGGUCGAUUAGGAAAACGUUCAAAGCGCAAGGCUAAAUGGAGCUCUGGGAGUUCAACUGACACAGGGAGUGAGAGUACAAGCGGUAGCAGUAGUAGUUCCGAUAGUGACAGAGUUGAUCGCCGUGCUGCUAUCCGUAAAAUCAAAGAUUCGAUGCAUUCUGAGACUAAAUCAAAAGGAAUUAUUGAUGAGAAGGAAUCCUUGAAUCCUGUUACUGAGACUGCUGUGGAAAAACAGAAAAAUCAGGACGUCAAUUUAUUACAGGAAGAAGGUGAACUGUCCCCAAAGCAUGAAGAUAUUCUGAACAAUGGUCAUAAAACUGAACCUGUGCAACUUGAGAGAUCUGCUAAUCAACGCCCUGUUUCAGAUGGCUCUAACUAUUCCAGGAGCCCUACCCCUGAAAGGCCAAGAAACAGCCCCAGGGGCAAUCUUAGUAGAAAUGCUGAUAAAACAUUUGGAAGUCCUGGUAUGAAGUAUGGCGAGCGGAAUAGGACAAUGCGUUCACGGAGCCCAGUUCGUAGUCCUGUUAGAAAAGCUCCUGAUCCUUCUGCUUCUAAUCAUGGUCAAACUUCAUCAAGAAGCCUCUCUCCAAAUGGCACUCCAAAACGUGUUAGGAAGGGGCGUGGUUUUACUGAGCAGUACUCAUUUGUGCGUCGUUACCGAACUCCAUCACCUGAACGUCCUCGCAAUUAUGGUGGUAGAAAUAUUUAUGGAAGAAGUCGUAAUGGGUAUUCAAGCUACAGAAGCAACCGCGAUUGGUCACCUGAUAGACGAUAUCGGAGCCCACCUAGAGGCAGGAGCCCUCCAAGAUACCGGAGGAGGAGCCGAAGUGUUUCACGCAGUCCAGAGAGUCACCGUGGUCGUUACAAAGAUCGUAGCAAGAGUAGGAGUCCAGUACGAAGCCCUAGCCCUUCAGAAAAGCGAACUCAGAUAAGUGAGAGACUAAAAUCACGUCUUGGACCGAAGAAAACUUUUUCCCCAGAGAAAGAAAGGUCGCGAUCGGGGAACCGCAGCUUGUCGCGUUCGAGAUCUCCAGACAAACGUCGUGACGCAGCUAAUUCUGCAUCUCCCAAACGGUCUAGAUCCAGAUCCAGCUCCUUGUCUGGACAAAAAGGGUUAGUUUCAUAUGGAAAUGGUAGUCCUGAAUCCUGAUAAGGGGAUAAUCUUGUACUAAUUAAUCUGCAAGUUAAAAUUAUAGGAAUGCUAAAACGCUUGUCCUUCCUUAGACAUGAUGUUUGUAAUUUCUGUAGUGUAGUGAACUGUCUCUUGAUUUUUUUAUAUUUAAUUUUGCUUAUGUUAUUUUUUUAGCCCAACACUUCAUAACCUUGACUGACUUCUCUGGGGUAGUCUUCAUAUUUUGACCUUAAUUUUGAUUUGUUCAUAUA